UUUCCAGAGGACGUAAGGCGCCAAAGAUGAAGAUUUUACUCAAAUCCGCGGAACAAAGAUAGAGAAAAAGGGUCGUGCAUUUUAGUUUUUUUUGUUUUAUUUUUUUAAAUGUUGUUCUCCGUCUUUUUCUGGGUCCUCCAGCUCCCCUCUCAUCUCCAUCUCCUCUCGUAUGACAGGCACGGACUUCGCUCGAGCUCGGGGGAGAAAAAGGCAUUGCAGCUUCAUGGCACUGAGGUACCGUCUGCUGAUGCGCACUUGUGUUUUCUGUAACGGCUAUGAUUCACUCUCUUGCAGCAGCAAUGAGCAACCAACUUCAAAACAGCUCUUCCCUCUCCACGGCGGGCACGUGGAAUCUCCUGGAUGUGCGGAACUCAUCACUGGUGAGAACGGCAGAGCUGCGACCGAUUCCCGUUAACCCAUGGGACAUUGCGCUGUGCGUGACAGGCACGCUCAUCUCCUGUGAGAACGCUAUUGUGAUUGCCAUCCUGUUCUACACGCCCACCUUGAGAUCACCUAUGUUUAUCCUGAUAGGGAGUCUUGCGUUUGCAGAUCUGCUUGCAGGACUUGGCCUCAUUCUCAACUUUGUCUUCAUCUAUAUGCUGAACACAGAGAUUGUGACUCUGAUUUCUGUCGGCCUGCUGAUUGCCGCCUUCUCCGCAUCAGUGCUCAACAUUCUGGCCAUCACAGUGGAUCGCUACUUAUCUCUCUACAAUGCUCUGACUUACCACACAGAGCGCACAGUGACAUACACCUAUGUAAUGGUGGUUCUCAUUUGGUUGGUGGGCAUCAUCCUAGGCCUACUGCCACUGUUCGGCUGGAACUGCCUAGAAGACGAGGCCAGCUGUAGUAUUUGUCGACCAGUCACCAAGAACAAUGCUGUGUUGCUCGCUGUGACGUUCUUGUUGGUGUUUGCCCUCAUAAUGCAGCUUUACCUGCAGAUCUGCAAGAUUGCCUUCCGCCACGCACAGCAGAUUGCUGUUCAGCACCAGUUUAUGGCUAUUUCCACCACAAAAGGUGUAUCCACACUCUCGGUCAUCCUCUGCACCUUUGCCGCAUGCUGGAUGCCCUUCGCCAUGUAUUCAAUUGUGGCAGACUCUAGCUACCCAAUGAUCUACACGUAUGCAACGGUGCUGCCAGCAACAUGUAACUCGGUCAUUAACCCAAUCAUAUAUGCUUACAGAAACCCAGACAUCCAGAAAUCCCUGUGGCUAGCCUGCUGUGGAUGUGUUCCGUCCAACUUCUCCUUACGCCCAAGGACAUCAAGCGAUGUAUAGGUUGGACUAUGUAUGAGCUAUGUCUAGCUCACAGAAUUGGUUUGUACUGUGCAAAUGUUAAUGAUAUGAUGUCCCCCCUUGUUAAGAUCCCAGACAAAUGUUGCUAGUUGAGCAGAUGUUGCAGUUACAAGUAGAAGAUGUCAAUUUGCACUGUUUAAUUAGACGUCUUCUAUGCAUAGUACAGCACUAUGAACAGUAAUAUCAAAUUACAUCAUCA